CACAACGAAUUGCGGGUUCGACCUGUUUUUCCAUUGAACCCUAGUUCGAAUGCGGGACACAAAUUUCGGUUUCCCUCGCGUGCCGCCCCCUUCCUCCUCCCCCGCAGCAGCAGCAGCAGCCGCAUCCCAGCCGAGCCCCAAGCGCAGGAGAGUAGGGGAGGCCGCCGAGGAGCCGCCGCCGCCGCCGGAGAUGAGGGAGGAGGCGCUGGAGCGGCUGCGCGGGGUGGUGCGGGACAGCAUCGGGAAGCACCUGUAUGCGUCGGCCAUCUUCCUCGCCGACAAGGUGGCCGCCUCCACGGGGGACCCCGCCGACGUGUACAUGCUCGCACAGGCGCUCUUCCUCGGCCGCCACUUCCGUCGCGCGCUCCACCUCCUCAACAAUUCCCGCCUGCUCCGCGACCUUCGGUUCCGAUUCCUCGCCGCCAAGUGCCUCGAGGAGUUGAAAGAGUGGCAUCAAUGUUUGUUGAUGCUUGGGGAUGCAAAAGUGGAUGAACAUGGAAAGGUCCUCGAUCAGGAUGAUGGCAGUGACAUUUAUUUUGAUAAGGAUGCUGAAGAUCAUGAAAUCAAUAUCAAAUCAGCUAUAUGUUUCUUACGUGGCAAGGCUUAUGAAGCACUGGACAACCGUGAUCUUGCUCGCCAAUGGUACAAGGCUGCCAUUAAAGCUGAUCCUCUAUGUUACGAGGCUCUCGAAUGUCUUGUUGAUAACUAUAUGUUGACCUGCGAGGAAGAGUCUGAGUUAUUGUCCUCCCUGCAAUUCAGAGAGGAAGACGGGUGGCUAUCAGCAUUUUACUCAUGUUUGAUUAUGAAGCAUGAAAAAGAAUAUGUAGUUGAAGCAAAAUUCAAGGAACUUGAACGAGAAUCUUGCAGUAUUUCGUCCUCGAUUUCCGGUGAAACACUGAAAAAUAACACUGAUGUUAUGGCUUGCAAAGCUGAAUACUAUCACCAGAGUGGGGAGUACCAAAAAUGUUGGCAAUUGACAUCUUCGUUACUUGAAAGGGACCCUUUCCAUUUAAAGGGCACGUUAGUUCAUUUGGCAGCUGCAAUGGAGCUUGGUCAUUCCAAUGAUCUUUAUCUUUUGGCGUGCAACUUAGUGAAGGAUUAUCCUCAAAAGGCUAUUUCAUGGUUUGCUGUUGGUUGCUAUUACUAUUGCAUUAAGAAAUAUGAUCAAGCUCGGAGAUACUUCGGCAAAGCUACAGGGUUAGAUGGGACAUUUCCUCCUGCCUGGAUUGGUACUGGCAUUGCUUAUGCUGCUCAAGAGGAGGGCGACCAAGCAAUGGCUGCUUUUCGGACUGCAGCUCGGUUAUUUCCUGGAUGUCAUCUGCCAACUUUAUAUAUGGGCAUGCAAUAUGUGCGGAUGCACAAUUUCAAACUUGCUGAGCAGUUCUUCACGCAAGCAAAAUCCAUCUGCCCAUCUGAUCCACUUAUAUACAAUGAGUUGGGGGUUGUAGCUUAUAAUAUGAAAGAGUAUCGAAAGGCAGUUCAGUUGUUUGAGUUAACACUGGACCACACUUCAUCCUCUCUGAAUGAAAUGUGGGAACCAACAUUGGUGAAUCUUGGACAUGCACUUCGGAAACUCAAGGAAUAUCAGACAGCAGUAUCAUAUUACGAGAAGGCACUCACUUUUCCAACCAAAAGCUUGAGCGCAUUUGCUGGUCUUGCUUAUACUUACCAUCUUAUGGAUAAUUUUGAAGCUGCCAUAAAUUAUUACCACAAGGCUCUGUGGUUGAAACCAGACGACCAGUUUUGCACAGACAUGCUAACAUAUGCUCUCGAGUCCAGCUGCCACAGCACUGCUCGUAGAAGCCUAGUUUAGGUUUAUUUAUUUUUUGAAGAAAGUUGCAGGAGCACUGCAUUGUCAUUUAAGAGAGGAGAGAGAAUAGUUUAGGUUUAGACGGUACUUGCAAAUUGGAGCAGGUGCUGUCAUAUGGUUAGGGUAUUGCUCUGCUUACAGACUUAGUAACCUUAUAUGUAAAGCUGUUGUUGUACAAUCUGUCAAGUUCACUCCAGUCACUUUAGAUUGGUUGUAAUGACAAGUUUUUACCUUGUACUUAUGUAUAUACAACCAAUUCAUUCAUGAUGAACAGUAUUUAUUUAUUUUACCCUUA